AUGAUGUCGUGUCGUGUGCUCUGCGUCCUGUUGGUGCUUUCACUGAUGUGCUGCUUCUUGUGCGUGUGUGCGACAGCUGCUGUGACGGAGGUGCGUGUGCUGCCUGCCGGUGAUGGCCCGGUGACUGCUGUGCACAUGUGGGCAGUGAUGGCUGCGGAAACUGGCCACUUGGCCGAUGGCUCUGAACGAAAGGCGAAUGUGAACUCCGAGAGCAAUAACACUCAGGAAGACGAGGAAAACGAGGAAAACGAGGAGGAUAGAAGAAACACAGCGGGUGAUGGUCCUACGCCCACGCCCUUUGUUCCGCCCACUGCUCCGACGGGGCAGGAUCAAUCCAGCACCGAUCCACUGCGAAGUAUCACUUCCGAUCCUUCUGACGCUGGCAACGCGUCCGAUUCCCACACCCAUGCAAGUGAACAGGAGUCUUUGGGCGGAGGGACCGCUGCAGGCAAAAUAUCCUCACUCCCCAACUCAUCUCAGCAGGCAGCAGAUGGAGUGCAUGCUGGAAGUGGGAGUUCCUCCCAGGGAAUUCAGGCUCCAGGACAAACCGUCACGGGAAAGCCACAGGUGUCAGAGACGGCAAAGGCAGCACCGCAAGGCGAUGGAGGAGGAGGACCCGGAGCGCAACACGAAGCCGACCACACCACAAAAGAUGCCGGUGGUAACGCCCUGGGAAAAAGCGGCAGUGAAAAGGGAGAGCCACCAGCGGGAUCGCAAACUGCACCACGAUCCAGCAGUGGCGGGAGUGCUAAUGUCGCACCGAAUCCCGCUGUCUCCAUUCCACUGCCCCCAGAGCCAAAGUCAAAAAGUGAGGCAACCGGUACGGGAGAAUCUCCACAUCCGACCGAUAAUACACAGACACAAAGUAUGAGGACCGAUACUGCACCAAGCACGGCACAGACUCAAAAUUCGCCGAACGGUAAACCACAGGAACCAGAAGCAGAAAUCACUACAACAGAAGCACCAAGUGCUACGGCCAGGAAUGCAGAGGCGCCAACCACGACGACCACCCGCGCACCGUCACGUCUUCGCGAAAUCGACGGCAGCCUCAGCAGCUCUGCGUGGGUGUUUGCCCCGCUGCUGCUUGCCGUAUCCGCGCUGGCGUGUACCACUGUGGGCUGA